AUGUUAGUUUUAGUGGGUCCACAAGGUUCUGGAAAGAAAGAUUUAGGAUUGAAGUUGGUGGAAGAGUUCUCAGAUUUCUUUGGUUUUGGUGUGUCACAUACAACAAGGAGUCCUUACACUGGAGAAGAGAAUGGAUUUGAUUACCACUUUGUAUCUUUAGAAAAGUUUGAAGAUGACAUCAAAAUGGGUAAAUUUCUUCAAACCUGUCAACAUCAUGGUUCAUGGUACGGCUUACAAAUGGAUUCCAUACAAAGCGUUGCCAAAGAUGGCCUGGCUUGUGUGGUUCACAUGGAAUUGGAAGGCGUCCUCACUUUGAAAAAUACCCAUUUUGAACCUCGAUAUGUUCUGAUAAUGCCACUGGACAAAGAAAGUCAUGAGAGACGUUUACGUGAUCGUGGUAUUUUUACUGAUGAAGAAAUUCUAGAAAUUGUGAAAACAGCCGAGACAUACAGUAGUUAUAAUCAAGAUCAUCCUGGAUUCUUUGACAUGAUGGUUAACUCUAAUGAUAUACAAGAAGCUUAUAUUCAGCUUCGAAAGUUGGUU